UGUUCUGGGGGGAGGGUGGGGGCCGGCAGGCCGAGGCCUGGCCGGGGGUGGGGGCAUGGAGCCGUCGGGGGCCCAGCAGCGUGGGGGCGAGCCCAGCUGGUGGGGCAGCGCCCCCCAAUACCAGUACAUGCCCUUUGAGCACUGCACCAGCUACGGACUGCCCUCCGAGGACGGGGGUCUGCAGCGCAGGCUCCGGAGGGACGCGGGCCCCCGUGCCACCGCCCACCCCACACAGAUCUAUGGCCAUCACAAAGGGCAGUUCUCAGGCAAGGAGCAGGACAACGAGAUGCCCAUGACGAUGGGCUCCAGCGCUUCCAUGGACAGCAAGGACGAGGAUCACUAUUCUAAAUGUCAAGAUUGUAUGCACCGCCUGGGACUUGUGGUGAGAAGAAAGUUAGGGGAAGACUGGAUCUUUCUGGUGCUUCUGGGGCUCCUAAUGGCUCUGGUUAGCUGGUGCAUGGAUUAUGUCAGUGCCAAAACGCUUCAGGCCUACAAGUGGUCCUACUACCAGAUGCAGCCCAGCCUGCCUCUGCAGUUCCUGGUCUGGGUCGGCUUCCCCCUAAUCCUCAUCCUCUUCAGCGCCCUCUUCUGCCAGCUCAUCUCUCCCCAGGCUGUCGGCUCUGGAAUCCCUGAAAUGAAGACAAUUCUUCGCGGGGUGGUCCUGAAGGAGUAUCUCACCCUCAAGGCCUUCGUGGCCAAGGUAGUGGCCCUGACCGCAGGACUGGGCAGUGGCAUUCCUGUAGGGAAAGAGGGCCCUUUUGUUCACAUUGCCAGCAUCUGCGCGGCCAUCCUCAGCAAAUUCAUGUCGGUGUUCUGUGGGGUGUAUGAGCAGCCAUACUAUUACACUGACAUGCUGACGGUGGGCUGUGCCGUGGGAGUCGGCUGCUGUUUUGGGACACCUCUUGGAGGAGUGCUGUUUAGCAUCGAGGUCACCUCUACCUACUUCGCUGUGAGGAACUACUGGCGAGGAUUCUUUGCAGCCACAUUCAGCGCCUUUGUUUUCCGAGUGCUGGCCGUGUGGAACAAGGAUGCUGUCACCAUCACAGCCCUCUUCAGAACCAACUUCCGAAUGGACUUCCCCUUUGACCUGCAGGAACUCCCAGCCUUUGCGGUUAUCGGCCGCCUGCUCUAUCCUGGAAUCGUCACCUUUGUCAUCGCUUCCUUCACCUUUCCACCAGGAAUAGGGCAGUUCAUGGCCGGAGAGCUGAUGCCUCGGGAAGCCAUCAGUACCCUGUUUGACAACAAUACGUGGGUAAAACAUAUCGGGGACCCUGAGAGCCUGGGCCGGUCAGCUGUGUGGAUCCACCCCAAAGCCAGUGUUGUAAUUGUCCUCCUCCUCUUCUUCAUCAUGAAGUUCUGGAUGUCCAUCGUGGCCACCACCAUGCCCAUACCCUGCGGAGGUUUCAUGCCUGUGUUCGUGCUCGGAGCUGCAUUCGGAAGGCUAGUAGGAGAGAUCAUGGCCAUGCUUUUCCCAGAUGGUAUCUUAUUUGAUGACAUCAUCUACAAGAUCCUACCUGGGGGCUACGCAGUUAUUGGAGCAGCAGCUCUGACUGGCGCCGUGUCCCACACAGUCUCCACGGCCGUGAUUUGCUUCGAACUAACGGGUCAGAUUGCGCACAUCCUACCCAUGAUGGUGGCUGUUAUCUUGGCCAACAUGGUGGCUCAGAGCCUGCAGCCCUCCCUGUACGACAGCAUCAUCCAGGUCAAGAAGCUACCCUACUUGCCUGACCUUGGUUGGAACCAGCUCAGCAAAUUUACAAUCUUUGUUGAGGACAUCAUGGUACGGGAUGUGAAGUUUGUUUCAGCUUCCUGCACAUACGGGGAGUUGCGAAACCUGCUCCAGACCACCACAGUCAAGACUUUACCACUGGUUGAAUCAAAAGAUUCAAUGAUCCUGCUGGGCUCCGUGGAGCGGUCAGAACUUCAGUCCCUCCUGCAGCGUCACCUGUGUCCCGAGCGGAGGCUGCGGUUGGCCCAGGACAUGGCAAGGAAGCUGUCUGAGCUGCCCUUUGACGGGAAGGUGCGGCCGGCGGGGCUGGGGCGCUCUGGUGUCUGGCCCCAGGGUCGACCCGAGUCCUUUGUCUUUGUGGAUGAAGAUGCAGAUGAGGAUCUCUAUGGGAAGCCCGAGAUGCCUCCUCUGCAUCCUUCUCACCCGCUUCCUACUGAUCCACUGCCCCCCGAAGAGCCCAAUGGGCCCCUGCCCAGCCACAAACAGCAGCUGGAAGCACUGGAGUCUACAAGUCCAAGACCCUCCAUCUUUCGGUCCCUGCUUCGCUGCUUGCUAGGCAGAGCUCGCCCCAAAAAGAAGAAAAUGACCCAGGAUUCAACGGAUUUAGUGGAUAACAUGUCUCCUGAAGAGAUUGAGGCCUGGGAGCAGGAGCAGCUGGGCCAGCCUGUCUGUUUUGACUCUUGCUGUAUUGACCAGUCCCCCUUCCAGCUGGUGGAGCAGACGACUCUGCACAAGACCCACACCCUCUUCUCCCUCCUGGGCCUCCAUCUUGCUUACGUGACCAGCAUGGGGAAGCUGAGGGGCGUGCUGGCCCUGGAGGAGCUGCAGAAGGCCAUUGAGGGGCACACCAAGUCUGGGGUGCAGCUCCGCCCCCCUCUUGCCAGCUUCCGGAGUACAACUUCCACUCGGAAGAACACCGGGGUCCCGCUCCCUCCUGCAGAGGGCUGGAGCCUGCCUGAGGACGGAGCUGGGGCCACUAGAGCAGGGGACGUGACCCCUGCCUCCCCAGAGACCCCCGUGCCAUCCCCCUUCCCAGAGCGCCCCCUCUCUGGGGCUCUGGCCAAGGCAGAGAGCGAGCUGGAGGAGCUGGAGCUGGUGGAGGGGCCAGGGCCCGAGGAGGAGCUGGCCGACAUCCUGCAGGGCCCCAGUCUGCGCUCCACGGACGAGGAGGAUGGGGACGAACUGAUUCUUUGACCCGCACUUCCUCACGAAGACUGUUCAGGGACCCAGGAGAGUGCGCACAGGGUGCACGUGUGGGAAAGUGUGCUUCCUAAAGCUGGUGGGCAUCACAUCAAUACACGGCCUCUCCUGGGAGUUUUUAAAAAUGUGAUCCUUGGAGGAUGAACUGGAAUUUGGGCAGGGGGUAGCCUUGGUCAGUCAUUUGGGCCAUGCCCUCCCAACCCCAGAUAGGCGGUGGAUCUGUGUGAAGGGCCCCUGAUAUUCCAUGGGCUUCCUGAGUUUGCCCGUGUGUGGGUGGGGAAUACCUGCCUCUCCCGUGCACCCCCCACAACCCGCCCUCCCCCUGCCCCCAGGGUUCUUGUCCCAGUGCCUCCCCGGCCUUGCCCAUCCUCCCAUCAGUUCCCCAGGGGGUGGGUUAAGGGAGACCCAAGAUGACUGCGGUCCUGCCUGUGGCAUGCUGGAGGAGGAGACGGGACCACCUCAUGGCCUUGUGGACUGAUGGCCCUUGAAUGUACUCGCAAACCGUCCACAGUGCCUUCUCUCAGAGUCCUCCACCCUGCCCUCCACUUGCCCGCAGCCACUCCCUGAAAUUUGCCUCCAGACUCUAUUCUGGCUCCUACUAGAAAGUGAAGUUGCUCAGUUGCGUCUGACUCUUUGCAACCCCAUGGACUGUAGCCCUACCAGGCUCCUCUGUCCAUGGAAUUUUCCAGGUGAGAGUACUGGAGUGGGUUGCCAUUUCCUUCUCCAGGGGAUCUUCCCAACCCAGGGAUCGAACCUGGGUCUUCCACACUGCAGGCAGAUGCUUUACCAUCUGAGCUCCCAGGGUCUGGCCUCAAUUUCUCCUGCAGGAAAAGGCCAUUCCUACUUCCCCCUCCGUCCUCCAUUUAGGCAGUGAGACAUGCAUACAGAGCCUAUUCGGGGAAGAACCUAGAAAAGGGAUGGUCACGGUCACGGGAAGGCUCUGUGUGGAAGGGGCGGUACCUUAUGGCUCAACAGUCACCAGCCCUGAUGGAUUUAUUUUACUCCCUCUGGCAUCUCGAAUUACAGCUUCCUCACCCUCCGGUUUCCAGGUCACUCCCUCUCCCACUGUCGUCCUUGAUCUGUCCUGCCCAAGGGUCAGCUCUGUUCUUGAGCUGAUCUAGCCUGGGCUUCUCCUGCCCAGAGCCAAGGCUCAGGGCAGCUGGGCCACUGGUUCACCCCCACGCUUCUUCGGGGCUGGUCCUUUGUAUUCCUCUCCUAGAGGUUCAGUGUUGAAAUGGCCCAGCUCUUUGAUACCUCAGGCACUUGGGAAGUCAGAGACCCUUAUCCUCCCCAAGCCAGUGACAGGGAGCCUGCCAUUACCCUGCCUUUUCUGCAAGUGGUCCCAGGUGCUCUUGAAUCCAUCCCCAAGGCUUUCGUCGCUCCCUUCUUUUCAGUUGAGUUCAGCCGCUCAGUCGUGUCGGACUCUGAGACCCCAUGGACUGCAUGCAGCAUGCCAGGCUUCCCUGUCCAUCACCAACUCUCGGAGCCUACUGUUAUGCCUCCUUUAAUUCUUUAGUUGUGCCCAUCCCUGGCAUCCUCCUCCUUCCCGCCCCAUGCCCAGCCUCCACGGCCUCCCAAAUAAGACACUCAUAGCCGAAGGUGCCACCACAGUGUUUAGUGCCAUUGAACACAGCCUGGAACCAUCUCCAGCAGGACACCCCUUCCGCCUCCCCAGGGCCGAGAGAGAGAGGCUGCAGCUGGGGAGGGGCCUAGCCGUGGGCCCUGGAGCCCCUGCUCCUGUGUGUAUAAUCUAUAGUAUUUAUAUAUAUAUUUAUAUAUAAUUCUCUCUGUAAUAUAUGUCAUAGAAUCUCUCUUGGGCCUGGGGUGGAAAUGUCACAUUAAGAAAACAUGCUAAGACUGGCCAUAAAAAUGGAUAUUUCCCAGACCUGGAAGACGGAGUAUGGGAUGUACAGGUGGGGGCGCGAGGAGAGGUAAUAACUCAUUCACCAAGAUUCCCUCCUUAAGAGGAAGGUGUGGGGGUGGGGUGGGAGGCGAUGGGGGGAGGGGAGGAAUGGAAGAUUGCGAUUUUCCUUUAAUAAAGUGAAUUGAAAAUGAAAGUGCACCCCUCCCACCAGAAGAAAAUAAUUUAGCAAGAGCAGUUUCAUUCACAAUGAUAUAAAGACAGCCCCAUUCUGGGGGCUGUCCUAAAACGUGCUGCACAGCCUUUAACCCCAAAGAAAAAGCAACCCUCCCCCACCCCCAGCAGCCUCUUCCGGCACAUGCCCCUCCCCUCCCCCUAAAAUAGGCUACAAGCAAACCCCAUGCACCCUGGCCCCCAGCACCAGAGAGGCAGUCCCUCCCUUGGAAGAAUCUUAAGAGGGUCCCAGGCCGGCUCCUCGGGUUUUCUCCCUCUUCAGAGCAGAGGGGGAGCUGCUUGCAAAGUGCAGACCCCGCCCCACGAGACCUCUGGUCUGCAGUGUUGCCAACGCCCCGCAGAGGCAGAGCCCCACCCCUGCUCACGCUCACAUCUGAACCCUGCUAGAAUCCUUCAGAGUUUUAGCCAUCUUUUGGCAGGACUGGCAGGGACCGCUGGGCUUCCUCGGGGAAGGAGGAAGGAGAGAACGCUGCUUUAGAUGACCUUUCCUGACUCCGCAGGGCCCUGAGCGGAAAAGGAACUGUCGAUGAAUGAACCCGCUCCCUGGACUGGAUGUCCUCUGCGGUCUGGGGGUGGAAGAUGGGGCACGAAGCGGGUGAGAGUGAAGAGAAAAGGAUGAUGCCUUAGAGAGAGGGCAGGGUGCACAAGGUGAGGAGACAGGGACCCCUUGAGAGGAGGAAACCGUGACCCUCAAAACCCCAAGGAUCUGCAGCAGUGGGUGCAGGGUGGGGCCAGCAAUGUCCGGUCACAUGAUCA